GUCGCCACCAGGAAGUGACUAGCCGUCGCUAGGCUCGGCCUGGCCAGGAUGUUGUCCUAAACAAAGUAGACUUAUCCCGCGGAUAGCCCACUCAUCAAUGGCACCAGUAGGCUGACCGUCACUCAGCUAUCGACUUUUGGUUGAAACACAUACCCAAUUGUCAAUUUCACUUUGUCUGAAAUGGCUCCUGGAUAAAACGAAAGAACAUUCCAGAAGCACCGUAGACUGCGAGGUUGCGAGUGCGGCCAAGAGCGGAGCGGCCUGCUGUGGCGAAGAAGCGAAGAACGCUUUGCAGCCGGUGGGAACGGGCAGCGAGUCGCCGGUCAUUGCGUAGACGCACAACAACAACAACAACAUUACUCCUCCUCAAAUUGACCCUUGGUUCCCUUCCCUAUUCCCCUUCCUGAUUGUGUUUUGAGAGAGGCGGACCAAUAUCAUCGCCAAGAUAGCUGGGCCAGGCAGGAAGCGGCACACCUCAGAUCCAGACCCCAGCAGCGGUAGUGAAUCCGGUGACGGGCGGCCCCUUAGCGCCAAGUGUCUGAAGAUGUCCAGCGGCAGUGGUAACGGGGCCGCGGGCCGACGCAGUGGGGUUCAGAAUCAGCAGAGGGGAGGAGGUGACCAUGGGUCCGAGCUGUCCUCCAGUGCCAGUAAGAAGAAGCAGAAAGACCGAGCGAACCAGGAGUCCAGAGAGGCCAAGAGAGCUGCUGCUGCUGCAGGAGUGGAUGGAGUCCUUGCAGAGGUCAAAAAGGAUGUCUUUGUGGAUUGGAAACAAAAUGCCAAUGAAGUGAUUAUCAAGUUGCGCUGUGGGGAAAGUGUGCAAAAGAUUGAGGAUGUCAACACAACCUUCACUGAUACGCACUGUCAUGUGCACUUCUCAGAUGGUCGUGAGUGGACCUGCCACUUGCAGGAGGAAAUCGAGGCCUCUUGUAGUAGGGUGCAAUACAAAGAGAAGGGAGGAUUUCUGUUGCUCAUCCUGCACAAGAAGAUCCCGAUUCACAUUUGGCCUUCAUUAAAAUCCAACAAGAAGGAGAAAGAAGUGGGACCCAUUGAGACAAAAAAUGCCAAGGCGCCGGCAACGAGGACUGUAGCCUCAGAGUCACCAGAGCAUCUCAAGUUGUCCUCCCCGCUGACGCAACGUCAAUCUCAGGCUCCCUCCUCCCCCUCACGCAACGCAUCAAGAUGCAGCGGCAGCAAAGCCGAGCGUGCCGUCAAGCGCCACCUGAAACACAAACAACCAUCUGACAAAACCUCCACGGACUCUGCGGCGGCGACUUUUGGCGGCGGGGACGGCGCAGGCGCUUCACCUAAGCCGGUCCCCAUUAAGAAAGGCAACCAGCAGUCCCGAGAGCCCAGUGCGAAGCGCACCAGUGCACAUCUUACCAGGAACGCCAAGGAGGACAAGUCUUCUACUGAAAGAGACAUGGACUCAGCCCAGACUAGAACCUCUUAUGCACGCCUGCCUGCUGCCGACCUCCCUCAAACGCCACACAGAGAUGGAGACAAGAUUUUAGACAGAUUAGUUUGUGAACAUGUACAUGGGAGCGCUGUUGCUGUCGCGAACAAGGUUCAGGAGGCAGAUAAACCAUAUGACUCUCCAGACACACAGGACAGAGGCUCUGAAACUGGGGCCAGUGAAAACCAACCAGCAGUUCCUGUGAGCGCGAGUGACUCCCUGAAAACGUCAGGCUUCAACAACCAUCUUGACUCAGCCUUUCCAGAAAGGAGCACAGACAUCACGAAUGCCGAACCGGAGAAAACGGUUCAGCUUCAGCAAUCGGUGCGGGACACUCAAACUCACCAACAUCUCGGUUCGAGAGGGGCCACCCCGGUUUCCUCUCGAGAUGUGUCUGCCGAACAAGAGCCAUCAACAGGUCUGACCCAGAUUGAAGGUAGCUGUGAUGGCGAGGAGAAGCGUGACCAGUCCAAAGAGGAGCCACCCCCCAUAAAGCAACAGGAAGAGCCAGAGCCGAUGGUAAACCUGCAAUAUGUGAAGAAUGACUCGUACGAGAAAGGCACAGACUUGAUGGUCGUGAACGUCUACAUGAAGGGCAUCUGCAGGAACACAUCGAGGGUCAUUUUCAGGGAGCAGGAUUUCACCCUCAUCUUCCAGACAAGUGAUGCAAACUUUCUUCGGCUUCACCCGGACUGUGGACCAAACACAGUGUUCAAGUGGCAAGUAAAACUCAGGAACCUGAUACAGCCUGAGCAGUGCUCCUACUCCUUCACCGUAUCCCGAGUGGACAUUACGCUGAAGAAGCGACACAGCCAACGCUGGGAGGGUCUCGAGGCCCCCGCCACACAAGGUGCAGUGGGUGGCGCCAAGGUGGCUGUGCCCUCGAGCCCCGCCUGCACAGAAAAGAGCAAACCUGGCAGCAGUCAGCACAGCCUGCCGAGCAAGGAGGAGCCCCCCAGGGUCAGUGAGGAGCAACCAAAAGCCCCUAAAGCCCCACCCAGAGUGGAGGAUAGCGGUCUGGAUACUGUGGCUCCUCGCACAGUCUCUGACCACGUGGCCAUCCCUAAGCCAGAGCCCACUGUUCUGACGCCUAAGCCAACAUGCAUGGUGCAGCCCAUGACCCACGCGCCCCCUGUUAGUAAUGAGCGCCAUGAGGAAGAGGAGGAGAAGAAGGUGUGCCUGCCUGGUUUCACAGGAUUGGUAAACCUCGGAAACACCUGCUUCAUGAACAGUGUCAUUCAAUCCCUGUCCAACACCCGAGAACUCAGGGAUUACUUUCAUGAUCGCGCGUUUGAGUCAGAAAUCAAUUGCAAUAAUCCACUGGGAACAGGAGGCCGGCUAGCCAUUGGCUUUGCGGUGCUGCUCAGGGCUCUUUGGAAAGGAACCCACCAUGCCUUCCAACCCUCAAAGCUCAAGGCAAUUGUGGCCAGUAAAGCCAAUCAGUUUACAGGCUAUGCCCAGCACGAUGCCCAGGAAUUCAUGGCCUUUUUGCUUGACGGCCUCCACGAGGACUUGAAUCGCAUUCAGAAUAAGCCAUACACGGAGACGGUGGACUCCGAUGGUCGCUUGGACGAGGUGGUGGCAGAGGAGGCAUGGCAGAGGCACAAGAUGAGAAACGACUCAUUCAUCGUAGAUCUCUUCCAAGGCCAGUUCAAAUCCAAGCUGGUUUGUCCCACGUGCUCCAAGGUGUCUAUAACAUUCGACCCCUUCCUGUACUUGCCUGUCCCAUUGCCACAGAAACAAAAGGUGUUGUCAGUUUUCUACUUUGCCAAGGAACCACAUAAAAAACCCAUUAAGUUUUUGGUGAGUGUGAGCAAGGAGAACUCUAGCACUGCAGAAGUCCUUGAGUCCAUCUCCAGGAGUGUUCGGGUCAAGGCUGAGAACCUCAGACUUGCAGAGGUGGGGAAGAACUGCUUCCAGCGAAUGUUUUUGCCCUCUCAUUCCCUGGACACCGUGUCGUCCUCAGACAUGUUGUUCUGCUUUGAGAUACUCUCCAAAGAUCUGGCCAAGGAGAGAGUAGUGUUGCUCCGAGUGCAGCAGAGACUGCAGGUUCCCAAUAUCGCCAUCUCAAAGUGUGCCUCCUGCCUAAAGCCUCCAGUCUCAGAGGAAGAUAAACUGAAGCGCUGUACUCGCUGUUACAGUGUCGGCUACUGCAAUCAAUUGUGUCAAAAGACCCACUGGCCGAAUCACAAAGGUCAGUGUCGACCCAAUACCGAAAAUGUGGGCCUGCCAUUCCUGGUUAGUGUACCCGAAUCCCGGCUCUCCUAUAGCCGCCUCACUCAGCUCCUGCAUGGCUAUUCCAGGUUUUCAGUCAAUGUGUUCCAGCCUCCUUUCCAGUCAGAGAGGACAUCCCCCGAAAUAUCUCCAGCACUCCCGACACCACCAGCAGGUUCUCUUGGUGAUCCAGGCUCAGGAGAUGAGGCCAUGGGCGGAAGCAUUACUCCAGAAUUAACUGACUGCGGACCCAAGAAUAGCACUCCGAUGCUUGACCCCCCGAAACCACACACCUAUACCUCAUCCCAUGAUUCUGGUGAUGCUAUUCGCCCUACUUCCCCCCAGACGUCUCUCUCCACCACACAGACGUCAGACUCUGGGUUCUCAGAGUCCAUCUCCUCUCCUUCCUGCUGCUCUCUGGACACCCAUGUUGAAAAAGAAACGUCUUGUGAGAAGGCAGUACGGCCAGAAGCCGCAGUAGCCGGGUAUCAACAACCUAAUGAUCCAUCUUCGGGGCAUGCUGGUCAGUUCUACAUCAUUCUGCUGGAUUCAAACAACAAGGAGCAGAGACUGGACGAGAAAGAAGAUAGUCUGAUCGACCUACCUGACGAUGCAACCGUGGAGCUGGUGUGGAAAAACAACGAGCGUCUAAAGGAGUAUGUCCUGGUGAGCGCAAAGGAGCUGGACUAUGAGGAGGAUCCCAGUUCUUUGAGUGAGACAGCCAGGGCGGGGCACUUCACCCUGGAGCAGUGCCUCAACCUCUUCACUAAGCCAGAGGUGCUGGCACCAGAAGAGGCAUGGUACUGUCCAAAGUGCCAGCAGCACCGCGAGGCUUCCAAACAACUGCUUCUGUGGCGUCUUCCCAACAUUUUGAUCAUCCAACUGAAACGCUUCAGUUUCAGGAGUUUCAUCUGGAGAGACAAGAUUAAUGACAUGGUUGACUUUCCUGUCAGAAAUCUGGAUCUGAGUAACUUCUGCAUUGGUCAGAAGGAUGAGAUGCAGCACCCACCUAUCUACGACCUGUAUGCAGUCAUCAACCACUAUGGUGGGAUGAUCGGUGGCCACUACACCGCCUACGCUCGCCUGCCAAGUGACAGAAAUAGCCAGCGUAGUGAUGUUGGCUGGCGUCUGUUUGAUGACAGCACUGUCACGAUGGUGGAGGAGAGCCAGGUGGUGACACGAUACGCCUACGUCCUUUUCUACCGUCGUCGAAAUUCCCCCGUGGAACGGCCGCCGCGCUUCCUCAGACCCGUCGGAGCGGACUCUGCCCCUGCAAUGGGAGCUACUGCCAGUCAGGCCUCUCUAAUAUGGCGGGAACUGGAAGAGGACGAGGAGGGUCAUGAUGAAGCUCCGCGCAGACCUUUCCUCUCGGGGCUGCGACGGCGACAAGCCCCGAGGACAAGACAUGAGGAAGAUGAGGACAGAGCAGAAGGGCACCGUCAACACACGGGGAGGAUGUCAGAUUGUCCUGACGACGAUCGUGCGCGAUAUUUUGUUCUGGGAACCCUGGCUGCCGUGUUUGCCCUUAUGCUCAACUUGAUCUACCCACUUCUUUACAAAUCAAACUGGGCCUGAGUCACAGCUGGUGGAUGAAUUGCUAUGGAGUUGCGCUCGGAAACUCAAGAUUGGUGUUUUUCGUGGAAGCCAUCUCAGCUGCGAUAGUACAGUGGAUCGUCCUCAUGUGGUUUAAAAAAAAAACAAAAAAAAACACUUAUUAAGAAAAUAUGAUCAGAAAGGAGAGCAAAAAUCCAGAACCCGAAAAGUUGGUGAAACAAUAGAAAGCAACUCUGUGUCAGCUGAGCUCCCUCGUGUCCCAGUCCUUACCUUGAAUCACUCAUUAUAUGAUGCAAUGAUUACCCAAAAGCCUUUGCUUCUGUUCAGAGGCACGCAUUUUAUUACCUUUUCAUUAUAAGGAGUCCUAUAUUAUUUGACAGAUCUAAUUUUUUUUUAUCUCUUUGUAGGGGUGUUGGUCUUAAUGAUAGGUCUCUUGGGGUGGGUGGAACUGUCAGCAAAAAAAAAAAAAGCCUAAAAAGCUGUUGUUGACAGACGCUUAACACUCUGCACUAUGCCUUGUUAAUGCACGCCAUCUCGAUGGUAUGAUGUCACUUUAUUUACUGCACAGCUGUUGGGAAUCCGAUAGCCUUACCCAGUCUGAGCACUACUAUGGUAAACUGAACUGUCCUACAAGUUGAACAUGUGGCUUAAUAGAAAAUUGGUAACCACAGAAAAUAAAAUGGUAACCUAGGGGCAAUAUUCUCCCAUUCGCACGUUUUUUUUUUUUUUGAUUCAGUCAAGUCUUAAGGGUGGACUAAAUUUCCAGAUUGUGGCGUUUAUGUGAAACGUGAAUUCCAAAGAGAUCCAUUUUGAAAAUUUCCCAGUUUGGUUGCGAAAUGAACUCGCGUAGUGAAUCCGGAAGAGAUAUUAAUCAACAUUAGUGAUGUGCGCACAGCUCAGCUAACAUUCUCCUCUGAGGGCCAUGUGCAUUUGCAUUCUGCAUUGAAUAAAUAAAAUAAAAGUCGUUUGAUGAGCGUACCGUGCUCAUAACUGAAUGUAUGUUUGAAGCUGUUACAUCAGUCGAAAAGCGAGUGAGCCGAAUACAAAUGAUUCAAAAUCUUAACCCCUCAUCGCCACCAUUACAAUCACUGCAGUUGUGAAACAGCACUUUCAGACAAACUCCCAAGCCGCCACCACUAGUCAGCAGCAGCGCGGUCAUUCGUUCAUCAGCAGCGAAGCACCAAUUGAAUCAGAGCGUGCACUACCAAUGUUUCACCUUCAAGUGGUGCUUGACUUACUACGGCUUCCAGAGCGCGGGAGAGAAAAGAUGCUUAAGUGUCUGGGAUAAUGCGUGCCAUGCCAGAUUUGACGGGGAAAGCGCUCAUUUGAGGGUCACCCCACAGUGAGUGCGUACAUUCCACAAAAGCGCGCAAGUGACACACUUAAAAAGUCGAUUUGAGGGAUCUGUGCAGCCCCAAAAGUGCACAGCGGUGCAACUUUGCUGACUGGAGCACAUGGGAGAAUAUUUGCCCUUAGCGAUGAUAGCAGUAGUCAUGAAGGUAAGCGACACAACAUGCUACUUUUACGUUUCAGGUGUUAGCUCUCCUUUAUUUUUCUCUUCAAUGACCGCUCCGUGUGCUAACAUCUUAUAAACUGGUAAAUUGAAAAGUUGUAAGAUUGUGAAGUAUUGAUCCCUGAAAUAGAUUCCCCUGCUGAGACUAGUUCAGAAUCCAAAUGAAAUGAGGGUCCACCCGUCAUUCAUCUGGCAACCCUUUAAUCACGGAAGCUCAGGUAGAACGCGUGAGGACAGUUUGGAUUGUUUAACUGUAGAACCACCAGCAGUGACGUCUUCACUGAAUUUCCGCUAUGCAUUAAAGAGUACUGUACUGGCUGUUUUCAGACAGAACAGGCUCAGUUCUUGACCUCGAUGGUCAAAAUCUGAUCAGCAUUUGUGUUUGGUUUUAGUUUUAAAUGUUUGAGCAACCUAAAAAACAAACAAAUUUUCCAGUCAAGAAAUAUGUGUCAGUUGCAAAAAUGUUAAGUUCUUCAACUCGUCCUCAAGUGACCUAUUUGAAGUGUUUUGUUGUGGCUAUAAUUUUUUUUUUAUUGGCUUUUUUUUGUAUUCCUGUUGCAUUUUAUAUUUUAAGCCAUAUUCUGUUGAAUUUUAUUUGGAUUAAUUGUCUUGAAUUUUUCCACCAUCCACCACCACAUUUUGUGACAGUAUGAGAUGUGAUAUUAGCAUGAAUGUAAAGAGCACAUUGGAGCGUACUGGGUUCAUUAUGUAAUACUGUAUCAAUAUAUUUUAAAAGUUGCAUUUUUUUCCCCACAUGUUGUGGAAUAGGACAAAUGCACAUUUGAAAUCUGCAUGUUGACUCCUGUGCUGCUGUGCUGAUUCUGAUUGUCUUGAAAUGCGGGUCUCAGGGAUUUUCCACUGUAGCCUUCCUGUUUGCCUUCGUCCAAAUAUCAAUGUACACGUAUAGAAUUGUAUAGUAUAUGGCUUGGAUUAUAUUGAUUGCAAUUCCUUGUAUGGAAUGUUACUUCUCUGUCAUGUAUAAACGCGCAAGUUAUUAGAUCCCAACAAUAAUGUAUGUAAGGUUCUUCUGUAAAAGUGACUUCCUAAUAUAUGUAAUUUUCUAUGUAGUUUUCUAUCUUUGGAAAUUAAAAUAAAUUUGUAGCUUGCA